AUGACUCUCAAAUCAGUUAAAGCAAUUUGGGAUUAUUUAAAGGCAGAAUACGUGGGAGAUGAAAGAAUACGGAGCAUGCAGGUGCUUAAUUUAAUGAGAGAAUUUGAGUUGCAAAGGAUGAAAGAGUCUGAGACAAUUAAGGAAUACUCAGACAAGUUGUUGAGUAUUGCCAACAAGAUAAGGUUGCUGGGUAGUGACUUUGCUGAUUCCAGAAUUGUUGAAAAAAUUCUGGUAACGGUACCCGAGAGGUAUGAAGCAUCCAUAACCUCAUUGGAGAACUCAAAGAAUCUGUCAAAGAUAACUUUGGCAGAAGUGCUACAUGCCUUGCAGGCACAAGAGCAACGAAGGUUAAUGAGAGAAGAUCGUGCCGUUGAAGGUGCACUUUCAGCCAAGCAUAAUGUUGCUGGAUAUAAUAAAAAGAAUUUUUUUUAA